AUGACUCCACGAAGUCUGACGACUUGCUUUCCUCAUGAGCCUUCCAGCAUGUCGUCGGCGUGGGAGCGCAACCCCAAGCUCGAUGAUGCGGAUCUUGCGCCUUUCAUUGUCGUGAUUCCCAAGUACUCAUCCCUGAACUCCCAACUGUUUUCCGGUAUCCAAAAACCAACGCACGAAGAUCGCAACAUUCGGUACACCAGUUGCUUUUCCGUCAACUUUUUCAGGUAUUGGCGGAAAUUUUUCAACAUCACUAUCGCGCUGCAGCAGCUGCGCUGGCUGCUUGGGUGGACGUCGUUCACGCAGAGCACGGAAGUCGUCGCGCAGCAUCCCAGGCUCUCACUUCCAUCCUUACCGCUCUCUUCCCUCCUUACUCUCCCCCUCCCCCGGCAGGGCUACGAGACGCAGGUGGGGGAGCGAGGCACGCAGCUGUCGGGGGGGCAGAAGCAGGGCGUGGCGAUCGCGCGGGCGAUUCUGCGGAGUUCGCGGGUGUUGCUGCUGAACGAGGCGACGUCGGCGUUGGAUGCGGAGAGCGCGCUGCAGCCUGCGCUCGAUGCGUUCAUGGGCGCGCGCAGGAGGGAGGGAGCCUUUGGCGUGUGUGGGAGCGCUAGAGCUGUGGAUGUGUUAGCGCGGACGCAGGGUCUGUCGGACCAAGCACUGCUGCCAGCCAUGGCAGGCGGUCGAUUCCAACCCAUGUUCUCUGGCGCCGUGGCAGGGGGAGCCAGGAUCUGGGUCACCACAAGCAACGACACCAAGGUCACCCUGGAGGUGCAUCUGGUGUUCACCAGGGGCGUUACCACCAGCACAGGCGUCUCCCUGAUGGGUCAGGUCGGUGCCGAUACGUCAGAUCCCCUCCCACUCGCAUGCCCCCUCACAACGAAACUCAUGGACCCGUUAUCGUGCCAAUUUCUGGGGUGUUCACCUGCUCUAAGGUUAUUGACAUAA